UUCGCUAAAUUCCUCAAAUCACUAAAGAGGGAAGACGUAGCAUCCGCACUCUACCUGCGUAUCCUCGACACGCACGUUAAGCUAGAUGACAAGGGCAACCCACUGCGGUAUGAUUGCCUUUCAUCCUGCUGCUGCCCAGAACCAGACUUAUUCGAGAUACCAGAAAGUUGCUGCUCUUCCAGCUCAGCAUGAAAAUCUCCGAGCAAGUUGGCGCAGAUGCUCCAGCGGACAGCCCACUCCGUCGCCCAGACGUGACGCGUAUGUUGAUGUUCAUCAAGAUGACAUUAGCGCAAGAGGUUGUGGUGGGAAACGCUAAAGGCAGGAGGGAAGGUGGACUCUCCUUGGAGAGCCUUCGCAUUGUGCCUGAAGAAGACGGAGAGGGCGGGGAAAGCGACAGCGACGACGAAGACCUUGCGCCCGGCUUGGAGGGCGUGAACAAGCGCGAGCAUCUGAGUGUUACAGCUGUCAACUUGCUUAUUGCUCUUCUGGAAGAACAUCCCGAUCUAUCGCCUAGAACCGUGCCCCUCCUCAAUGACAUCUAUGAGCAACUCGAGCCACUAGCAAAUUCGGAUUCCGAGGCUCUGCGGCCUCGGGCACGGGAAGCGAGGAUCAUACUAACCGCGCGACUCGUGUCGUCGAGCUCGUUUCCUGUGAAGGGGGAUGAGCAAGAGGGUGUGGGGGAAGAGAGUCCGCGAGAGAAAUACCAGAGAGCGUUGAAACUUUUACAAGACCCAUUGCUGCCUGUGCGCGCUCACGGGUUAUUGUUACUGCGUGAGCUGGUCGCACCAGCGGGCACCGCCCCAAGAAGGCGGGAUAAAGAUAAAGCGGGAGGGUCGGCCACCGUCAGCACCGUGCAAGGUGUUGGAGUCGCUGCGCCGUCGGUCGAUGUGGCGCUUGUGCCGGGCAUCCUGUAUAUUUUCAUGCAGUCGAUCCAGGAUGAGGAUUCCUACAUUUUCCUGAAUGCUGUACAGGGGGUCGCAGCACUAGUCGAUGGGUUCGGGCGGGAAGUGCUCUUGGGCCUUUUAGACGAGUAUGCUAAAGGUCUGGAGGGAGUAGGAGGGUCAGAGGCGACGAUGACGAGCAGGGAAGUAGACUUGCGUGUUCGAAUAGGGGAGGCCUUAGGCCAGGUCAUCAAACGCUGUGGGGACGCGCUUGGGAAAUAUGUUGACAUCAUCGUCCCACGUCUCUUCGCAGUCGUACGGGCGUCCCAUCUCCCUACAACGUUGCGGACGUCUGCUGUGUCGCUACUGGCCACCGCAGCGGAUACAAAUGCUCUUGCAUUGAAUCCAUAUUCGGUAGAUCUUAUAGGCGCUAUGGUGGACCUAGUGCAGAUCGAGUCCGUGCGGUCAGGGCCAAAGCCCAGACAGCCUGAUUCUCCAAAUUUCUCCGGUACGGAUACUGAUUCGAUCAAGUCGUCUAAAGGCCUGCAUACAGGCGGCACCAAAUUGGCUGACGCCAAAAUCAAGAAUAAAUCGGAGUCUGGGGCUAAAAUGAUUCCACCACGCCGCGCCACUGUAGGUAGCGACCCCGGAGCAAGUCGAGAAACGAAGGCCGAGACCGAGGAUGACGAGGUCACAAUGGACACCCGCCCCACCGUGUCGAAUCCGAAGUUUCCGCCACUAAGACGAGCGGUAUAUUUGCACUUUCUUUCGCUCCUCAUACUUGCAUUGACUUCGCGUGUGUACGAUGGGGAGCAUGUGGGUGUUGUUCCUUCCGGAUCUGAGAUGAAUCAUGCGGCAUUGGUACUCAUAUAUGUUUCUACGACUGACGAGGACGGGGUGGUGCGCAUUAUGGCACGCGAGGCGAAUGGGCAAUUGCAGCAGCUAAGGAAUUCCGUGUUAGGUUUCUGAUUUAGAUUCAGAAGCUGCUUUGGAGCAGCCUUCGGAAUUGACGAUUCCAUGUUCUCAUCUAUUAUCUAUAAUAAGAUGCGUCAUAGUCCUUAUUUUGCUUAAUACAAUAAAUCGC